AUGACGAUCUACUAUUCGCUCACGUUCAUGCUCCUCGCGGCGGAGAUGGUGACCUUCUGUGUUCUGGUCGCACCGCUGCCCUACGGCAUCAGGAAACGUUUCUUCCGUUUCCUCUCAGAAAGCCCAAUCGUCGCCAAACUUGCAUACGGAAUAAAAAUCUCAUUCAUAUUCGUGGGUGUAUUAUUCCUGGACGCGUUCCAGCGCAUGAUCAGGGUAUCCGCGGAGUCGGACAUGGCGAAAACCAGCGGGUCGGGUGUACAGGACGUUCGCUCAGAGACGAAUUUCGCUGCGCGUAAAUUCUACGCGCAGCGCAACACAUACUUGACUGGCUUCACGCUCUUCCUUUCACUCGUCCUCACUCGCACCUUCUACCUCCUCCUCGACCUCAUCCACUCGCAAGAGGAGUACGCCAAGCUGAAGCAGGAGACUGCCAAGUCGUCCCGCGGCCAAAUUGCCACCCAGGACCAAGCCAAGCAAGUUGAGGAGCUCAAGAAGAAGCUUGCCGCGAGUGAGGAGAAGGUCAAAGACUACAACAUUGUGAAGAAGCAGGCCGAGCAGAACGCGCGGGAGUACGACAGACUCGCGACCGAGUUCAACAAGGUAAACGGGAACGUGUCGAGCAAGAAGGCUGACUGA